GUAACUUUAAGCUGACGCCCUCAGCGAAGAGGAGCUGUUCACAGGUUUCACCGCUCUGGACUUCACACCGUUAUUAUUGGUGAACGAGUGAGGAGCAGUGGAGGAGAAAGAGCAGGGAAACUGAGGACAGCCUCGGGAUCAAAGAGCUGAUCUGUCUGAGUUUAGAGGAACAUCAGCUCAGAGGGAAAAAGCUCUCCCACCAUAAAAGUCCAGGCCGAGAGCCGAAGCACCACAGGAGGCUCGGAGCUUUGAAAGUUAUUCUCAACAACUCCAACACUCUGGAGCACUGCGAUAUAUUCGCCUAUAUAGACGACUGCUUUGAUAGAGUCAUCAUGAGCAAGUCAAAUAAGACGCCAUCCACCAAGAGGAGCCGGCCCGAAGAAUCCCCAGGAGCGGCCAGCCCACAUACCAGCAGCACGGUGGAAGUUCUGGAGUCCAUUAAUAACAAGCUCUCCAGAUUCGACGCUCGCCUGGCUCUAGUGGAAAUACUCCACCAAGAGUUUCAGGCCCUGCGGGAGUCUAUGGAGUUCAGCCAGCAGCAGGUUGAAUCACUCGCUGCAGAAAACGCGGUUCUAAGAGAGUCGGUGAAAUCGCUCACCGAGGGAAUGACCCGGCUCUCGGAGGAAAACAAAAAAAUUAAAGAAACGGUUCUUGAUCUCCAGUCCCGCAGCAUGAGGGACAACCUAAUUUUUGCAGGAAUCCCGGAGAAGGCAGACGAAGACCCGGUAAGUACAGUAAAGUCAUUCAUACAAACUCACCUAAAACUUCCAGAGGACACCGUUAAAAACAUCGGCUUCCACCGCGUUCACCGCCUGGGGGGUAAACGGCCGGAUGCGCGAAGACCCAGACCGAUCGUGGCUAAGUUCGAACACUUCCAACAUAAAGAGCUGUUAAAGAGCCGCGGCCGGGAACUGAGAGGAACGGACUUUAGUUUAAACGACCAGUUCCCCAAGGAGAUCCUGGAGCGACGCAAGGUCCUGUUCCCCAUCCGUAAACGUUUCAUCCAAGGAGGCUCCCGAGCCGUCAUUGCAGUGGAUAAACUGUACGUUAACGGUCAACUCUACCGCGACAUUAAUAUCACACCAUGGCUGUACUAAUCAGGUGAUCUGUACCAACACCGACGCCUUUAUCCGAAUACUUUAACAUAUCACCUUUCCACUAGUAUAAUACGACAUGUCUAAAAAAAAAUCAUUAAUGCCGGUUUAAUAAGCAGAGUGCCUUAAAUAAUUUAAAUGUUUUCUUCUUCCUUAAGAUGUAUUUGUUUUCCCUUUUUUUGUUACUGUUGUUGUAUGUGCACUUUCAUUUUACGUAUCACCUUUUUUUCCUCCCCCUCUCUCUUUCAAUACCCACACAGCGAUUUGUUCAUUCACUUUAAGCGAUUUGUUCACACACACACACACACAUACAUACAGGCAUAUCUAACAGACACACACAGAGACACACAGCACACACACACACACACAUACAUACAGGCAUAUCUAACAGAUACACACAGAGACA